AUGGCAAACUUCAAUUACUACUCUCUUCCUGGAUUCGGUGAACAGUGCCGUAAACAAUAUGGCUUCAGUGACGCCUGCAUUAUAGGUGAUCGUAUGAUUGUGACAGGCCAGACUGGGAUGAAUCCGUUGAGUCUGGAAACCUCUCCAAACUUUGACCAAGAAGUUACCCAGGCGUUUCAGAAUGUCAACGAUCUCAUCCUGCAGACUCUCAAAGAUGCCAGAAGCUCUGUCAGCAUUGAGCAAAAUAGAGGCUGGGAUUAUGUCGUAAAGAUCCGAGCCUUCAUAGUUAAUCUCUCGAAUACCCGGGAACAAGCGAGAGAACAAAUGGUUCGCAACAUCAAAAAAUGGUGCCCAAAUCAUCAGCCCUUAUUUACCAUGGUGGGCGUCGAAACCUUGCCGUUUCCCGAGCAUAAUGUGGAGAUUGAAGUCGACAUUUGGCUCAAUUAG